AUGAAAACAGAAAAUGAUGUUAAUGCUCCUAAUGGAACUGCGAUUGUUGGUGCAACUAUUGGUACGACUGUUGGGGCGACAAAUGUUGCGUCGUCAAGCCGUCCAAAUGCUGCACACGCGAUGGUACCGACAGAGAAACCGGGGAAGUUUUCUGGUAUCAACUUCAAAGGAUGGCAGCAAAGAAUGUUCUUCUGGCUGACCACUCUAGGCAUGCAGAAGUUCACAAACGAAAAUCCUCCUGUUAUUGAAGAAGGAAUGCCUGAAAACCAGCGCUUUAUGAUUACUGAGGGUUGGAAGCAUGCAAAUUUUUUGUGCAAAGGAUACAUCCUUAGUGCAUUAGAUGGUGAUCUGUAUAAUAUCCAUAGUUCUGCCAAAACUUCAAAAGAAUUAUGGCUUGCACUCAAAAAGAAGUAUAAAACUAAAGAUGCAUGUUUGAAAAAAUUCGUGGUUGCCAAGUUUCCUGACUACAAGAUGACAGAUAGCAAGACUGUUGGAACCCAAGUUCAACAACUCCAAGUCCUUAUCCAUGACCUUAUUGAUGAAGGUAUGGUGAUCAACGAGGCAUUUCAAGUGGCUGUUGUGAUUGACAAGUUGCCUCCUUCAUGGAGAGACUUCAAGAACUAUCUGAAACACAAGCGUAAGGAAAUGUCGCUGGAAGAUCUUGUGAUUCGCUUAAAGAUUGAGGAAGAUAAUAAAAUUGCUGAAAAGAAGUCGCGUGGAAAUUCAACGAUUAUGGGAGCGAACAUCGUUGAAGAAGCUGCUCCAAAGAAUAAGAAAAGGAAGAAACCUUCUGGAAAGAGUAAGGAGCAGAACAAGAAAAAAUUCAACGGCAACUACUAUAAUUGUGGGAAAGCUGGCCACAAAGCCCCAGAUUGUCGUCUCUCGAAAAAGGACAAGAAAAAGGGACAAGCCAAUAUGGUAGAGAAGAAUGAUGACAUGGAUGAUCUGUGUGCAAUGCUAUCGGAGUGCAAUUUGGUUGGAAACCCAAAGGAGUGGUGGCUUGAUUCUGGUGCCACUCGACAUGUUUGCUCUGUAAAAGAAGCAUUUGCAACCUACGCUCCCGCUGGACCCGAAGAGGAACUAUUUAUGGGAAAUAUUGCAACAGCCAAGGUUGAAGGAUAUGGGAAGAUACUUCUAAAGAUGACUUCCGGCAAGGUGCUGACUCUCAACAAUGUUCUGCACGUUCCAACAAUUAGGGAGAAUUUAGUUUCAGCCGGACUACUCGUCAAAAACGGGUUUAAGUGCAUGCUUGUUAGUGAGAAAAUCUUACUGGUUUCUGGAAAUUUUGCUAAGUUACUAUUUCGUAAUACAGAUUGA